CGCUGAGCCUGUCGGCGAGCGAGCCGAGGAGAAGCCUGCGGCCGCAGUGUUUACCUCUCGCGGGCUCGGAGGUGAUGCGCUGUUCUCGCGAGACGAGGCCGGGAGGCGGUUCCGCUGCCCGGCACGUGUCUCGGGGUAGUGCGCGCCGCGUCUCUCUUCGGGUCUCGGCGCCUUGGGCGCAGCGGGGCGUGCGCCAUGGGAAAGGCCAAGAAGGUCGGGGCGCGAAGGAAGACCUCUGGGGCGCCGGCGGGAGCGCGAGGGGGCCCGGCGAAGGCCAACUCCAAUCCAUUCGAGGUGAAAGUCAACAGGCAGAAGUUCCAGAUCCUGGGCCGGAAGACGCGCCACGACGUGGGGCUGCCCGGGGUGUCUCGCGCGCGGGCCCUCAGGAAGCGUACACAGACUCUACUAAAGGAGUACAAAGAAAGGGAUAAGUCCAAUGUCUUCAGAGAUAAACGCUUCGGAGAAUACAACAGCAGCAUGAGCCCCGAGGAGAAGAUGAUGAAGAGGUUUGCUCUGGAACAGCAGCGACAUCAUGAGAAAAAAAGCAUCUACAAUCUAAAUGAAGAUGAAGAAUUGACUCAUUAUGGCCAGUCUUUGGCAGACAUCGAGAAGCAUAAUGACAUUGUGGACAGUGACAGCGAUGCUGAGGAUCGAGGAGCGUUGUCUGCUGAGCUGACCGCUGCCCACUUCGGAGGCGGCGGCGGGCUCCUGCACAAGAAGACUCAACAGGAAGACGAGGAGCAGGGGAAAGCCAAGUCCCGGAAGGAGCUGAUUGAAGAGCUCAUUGCCAAGUCUAAGCAAGAGAAGAGGGAGAGACAAGCUCAACGAGAAGAUGCCCUCGAGCUCACAGAGAAGCUAGACCAAGACUGGAAAGAAAUUCAGACUCUCCUGUCCCACAAAACUCCCAAGUCAGAGAACAGAGAUAAAAAGGAGAAACCCAAGCCCGAUGCGUAUGACAUGAUGGUUCGUGAACUUGGCUUUGAAAUGAAGGCACAGCCCUCUAACCGGAUGAAGACGGAGGCAGAAUUGGCAAAGGAAGAGCAGGAGCGCCUCAAGAAGCUGGAGGCUGAGAGGCUUCGAAGAAUGCUUGGAAAGGAUGAGGAUGAAAAUGUGAAGAAACCAAAACAUAUAUCAGCAGAUGAUCUGAAUGAUGGCUUCGUGCUAGAUAAAGAUGACAGGCGUUUGCUUUCCUACAAAGAUGGAAAGAUGAAUGUCGAGGAAGAUGGCCAGGAAGAGCAAAGCAAGGAAGCCAGUGACCCUGAGAGCAACGAGGAAGAAGGUGACAGUUCAGGCAGGGAGGACACAGAGGAGAGUGAUAGUCCAGAUAGCCACUCGGACCUGGAAUCCAACGUAGAGAGCGAGGAAGAAAACGAGAAACCAGCAAAAGAGCAGCGGCAGACUCCUGGGAGAGGGCCGACGAGCGGCAAGGGAAGAGCUGGAAAAGCUGCCGGAGACGAGCUGCCCUACACGUUCGCAGCCCCUGAAUCCUAUGAGGAACUGAGAUCUCUAUUGCUAGGAAGAUCGAUGGAAGAGCAGCUUUUGGUGGUGGAGAGAAUUCAGAAGUGCAACCACCCGAGUCUCGCAGAAGGAAACAAAGCAAAAUUAGAAAAACUGUUUGGCUUUCUUUUGGAGUACGUUGGCGAUUUAGCUACAGAUGACCCACCAGACCUCAGAGUAAUUGAUAAAUUGGUUGUGCACUUAUAUAAUCUUUGCCAGAUGUUUCCUGAAUCUGCAAGUGACGCUGUCAAAUUUGUUCUCCGAGAUGCCAUGCAUGAGAUGGAAGAAAUGAUUGAGACCAAAGGCCGGGCAACAUUGCCAGGGUUGGACGUGCUCAUUUAUUUGAAAAUCACUAGGUUGCUGUUUCCAACUUCCGACUUCUGGCACCCGGUGGUGACCCCUGCCCUCGUGUGCCUGAGUCAGCUGCUCACCAAGUGCCCCGUCCUGUCCCUCCAGGACGUGGUGAAGGGCCUGUUCGUGUGCUGCCUGUUCCUGGAGUAUGUGGCUUUGUCCCAGAGGUUUAUACCUGAGCUGAUUAAUUUUCUUCUUGGGAUUCUUUACAUAGCAACUCCAAACAAAGCAAGCCAAGGUUCCACUCUGGUGCACCCUUUCAGAGCACUUGGGAAGAACUCGGAACUGCUUGUGGUGUCUGAUAGAGAGGAUGUGGCCACGUGGCAGCAGAGCAGCCUCUCCCUCCGCUGGGCGAGUGGACUGAGGGCCCCGACUUCAACAGAGGCCAAUCACAUCCGGCUGUCCUGCCUGGCUGUGGGCCUGGCCCUGCUGAAGCGCUGUGUGCUCAUGUACGGGUCCCUGCCAUCCUUCCACGCCAUCAUGGGGCCUCUCCGAGCCCUCCUCACAGAUCACCUGGCAGACUGCAGCCACCCCCAGGAGCUCCAGGAGCUGUGUCAGAGCACACUGACCGAAAUGGAAAGCCAGAAGCAGCUCUGCCGGCCGCUGACCUGUGAGAAGAGCAAGCCUGUCCCACUGAAGCUGUUCACGCCCCGGCUGGUCAAAGUCCUCGAGUUUGGAAGAAAACAAGGCAGUAGUAAGGAGGAGCAGGAAAGGAAGAGGCUGAUCCACAAACACAAGCGUGAAUUUAAAGGGGCUGUUCGAGAAAUCCGCAAGGACAAUCAGUUCUUGGCGAGGAUGCAACUCUCAGAAAUAAUGGAACGGGAUGCAGAAAGAAAACGGAAAGUAAAGCAGCUUUUUAACAGCCUGGCUACACAAGAAGGCGAAUGGAAGGCUCUGAAGAGGAAAAAGUUCAAAAAAUAAAUUACAUUUUAUAAAUUAGGCAAGGAAAUACUGGACAUUACCUCACAUCUGCAAUUCCAACCCUCUUGGCCUCUGGGAGGCCAAGGCAGAAGGAUUGCUUCAGCUCAGGAGUUCAAGACUAGCCAGGGGGAGGACCCUGUCUCUACAAAAAAAAUGUUUUAAUUAGCCAAGUGUGGUGGCACGUACCUGUAGUUCCAGGUACUCGGGAGGCUGAAGCAGGACUGCUUGAGCUGAGUCCAAGGUUACAGUGAGUCGUGAUCGCGCUACUGUACUCCAGCCUUGGCAACUGUGCAAGACCCUGUCGCUUAAAAAAAAAAAUAGAUCUUUUUUUUUUUUUUUUUUUGAGACAGGAGUUUUGCUCUUGUUGCCCAGGCUGGAGUGCAGUGGCGCAACCUCCACCUUCUAGGUUCCAGCGAUUCUCCAGCUUCAGCCUCCCCAGUAGCUGGGAUUACAGGCAUGUGCCACCACGCCCAGCUAAUUUUGUAUUUUUAGUAGAGAUGGGGUUUCUCCAUGUUGGUCAGGCUGGUCUCAAACUCCCAACCUCAGGUGAUCCACCCACCUUGGCCCCCCAAAAUCCUGUGAUUACAGGUGUGAGCCACAGCACCCAGCCAAAAAAGUAAUUUUUGUUAAAAUAGUAAUGCUGUAAUGUUGGUGUGAUUCCAACCUUCAACCACCCCCCUACCCCCCACAGUUUUGUUCCUGUUAAAACACCUCCUGAUGAAAUAAAAUGAAUUCUGAAAUGCACCUCUGGGAUCGGGAAUGGUCUGCGUGGUGUCAGCUGCGACUGGUUCACUGCAUCUGGACAAGCCUCAGUUCGUGCUGCCAGGGUUGGCACUGGGGAUUCUGGCCAGUGUAAUUUCUGUCAACCACAGACAUUUGCCUUCAUGUGUAGAAUUUACACUGUUGUUAUGCAAAUUAUAUUUUCUAUUAUAAAUGAAA